AUGUUCGCGUCUAAACAAUCAACAGUAAAAAAUUACACAAUAGAUACCAACGUGGAGGAAAGCAAUGCACUAUUGGUCAAGGUGGAGCGAAAUAGCUCUAGCCAUUACGACCAACCUGACUCUGGGUUAUAUGGCCACAACAGUAACAGUUUUGAGGAUAUUGAGAACGGUAACAUUACAGCAGUCCCUUUCAUGGAUGAGACAACUUCAUUAUCCCAAAAUUCUAUACUAAUACCAUUAACUGGAACAACUCCCCCUCAACAUCAUGAUGAACCAUUCAGUACAAAUUCCUAUAAAACACUCAAAAGAGGCAUUUCACAUGCUACCGACAAUGUGAACAUUGUUUCCCAAGCAAGAUCAGAAUUGAUAUUUAUCGAUAACACUGAAGAUGAACUACAGAUAGUAGAAACUCCGGUUUAUACUUUUAUUCUACCCGAUUUGUUACAACUUGAAGACAAAUUUCGGAUGUUCAUUGAAAAAGACUUGAUAGCAGUAGCAAUGCAAAGUUCUCUCGAACAGGCUUCAAGAUUGAAUUGGUGGACUGGAUUUUGUCAAAGGCUUUGGCCACUUUCAACAUCUGGCGAUGGCAACUGUCUUUUGCACGCUGCUUCGUUGGGUAUUUGGGGAUUCCAUGAUCGGUUAUUAAAUUUGAGGCGUGCUUUGCACUCGUUCCUGAGCAAUGGUCCAGCUCGACAUUCACUCUGGCGGCGUUGGCAACGACAACAAACUAUUAUGAAUUCAUUAUUUGGUCUCGUAUAUACAGAACAAGAAUGGCGCCGGGAAUGGAAUGCAAUUGUCAACAUGGCUUCCACCGUUCCUCGUAUGCGGAAACAGAGUGCAUCAAGUGGAAAUGCAGAUACCGAAGGAUACAUUUAUGAGAGCCUUGAAGAAAUUCAUGUUUAUGCUUUGGCACAUGUAUUAAAAAGACCUAUUAUUGUCAUAGCAGAUACUAUUCUCAAGGACAUGAACGGUGAAGCCUUAGCUCCUAUACAGUUUGGAGGUAUUUACUUGCUGGAGUGUUACCCAUGUGAUUGUCAUCGUUCUCCUUUGUUAUUGGCAUAUGAUGGAGGGCAUUUUUCAGCUUUGGUUGCUAUGGAAACACCAAAUUCAACUCUUUCUUGUGCUAUACCUUUGGUGGAUUCAAAUGGUGAACUCUUACCGAUACAGUUUCCUGUUGAUCCAGGUGAAAAUGAUCAUUCUCCUGAUAAAAAUCAAGAACUGUCGUUUACAGAUUCAUUGUCAUUACUGAACAGUUACUUGGACAUUGUGAAACUCGACCCUCAAGGUAACAACGACACUACUGGGAAAAAUGGUCUCUUUGGUAGUCUGGGACGUUCUGUAGGGAAUAAAUUGAAAUCAAAACUAUCUAGGACGAAUUCAGUAAAGAAUUUAUCCGCAAUAUCACCUCAAGCCAAGUAUACGUAUUGUGCCCUGAUCAACUCAGACAAAAAACACGAAUAUCAUGAUGUGAUGAUUAAAAACUACUUAAGGACAGCAGCUGAACGUUUUCAGCAUUCACCUUAUGCGGAUACGACACCUCGUUAUGGAGCUGGUAAAUCUCUGUUUUACACUGAAGCUGAUUCUGAGUCUCAUGUAAAAGUCGGCCUGAUGACUCCUGUCAAGGCUGUCACAAAUGAAGACCCCACAAUGUACCUGUCAAAAUCCACAUUCUAUGACACUGGUUCGCAAGUGGAUAAAUGUCGUACAGAAGACUGUGAGUUCUUCGGGUCAUCUGUGACUAAACAUCUAUGUUCAAAAUGUUACCAACUGUAUCAGCAGCAAAAAAAGGAAUCUGUUUAAAACAAUAAAAAACAUUAACAAAGAUUUCAUCUCAACGUAACAUAGUUACACACACACCAACAACACAUACACAAUUAGUUUUUUUUAUUAAUUUUAAAAGUUUGUGACAAACGCGUACAUAUCUAAGUAUGUACAACACACGUCCAUAAGUCGCAACAUCACUAAAUAAAUAAAUAAAAACGUCAUUUACCAAUAUUAAUUAUCACUCGUUCGUAUUGCAUAUUUAUACAUUUUAUUUAAUGUUUUAUAUUUAUAUCUAUUGUGUAAUUCAAUACAUAUGCUUGGGGCCUUUUUUUCAGUUGUUGAAAAUUAUAAAUUUUUUUUUAAACUGUGAUUAAGAAUUUUUUCUUUUCUAUCUUUAACUAGUCUUGAAAAAUACAAAAUUAAUAAUAUUGAUUAGAAUGUAGGUAUAUACAUAUAAUAUAAGUUUAAAGCAAAUUGAAAUAUUUUAUCUAAUCUGCUGAGUUAUUAGUCACAGCUAUUAGGUUGUUAUAAUUUUCAUGCUUAUUACGCUGUUAAGGCUCAUUUUUUCCUAAACAAUUUCUGUUUGAUUUUUAAUAAUUAUAUUUUUGCAUUAUCAUAAUAAUUAUAAUUUAGAAACAUUAUAAAAAAAAAACUAAUAAGCACUAACGGUAAAAUAAAAGCAUGUUAAUAUAUUGAUUUUGUUAACAGACUACGCGUUAAAUAUUAUGAGGUUUUAAAUUGCUCGAAAUGUUUUACGAUCGAGUAUCGUACUUGUUUUAAACAAAAUGAAUUUAUUGUUCGUUUUUAAUUUUUUUUUAUCUGUCAUAUCAUUGUGAAAUUGUAUAUGUACAUUUAUUUAUUUAUUUAUCUAUUUAUUUAUGUUAUUGAUUUUUGUAGUUAAUUUUUACAUGUUAACAGAAGAAUAACAUCGUAUGUACUGGUAAAUUAUUGUUUUUUUACACCUGUUAAAACUAUGUUUGUACAUGUUUUUAUGUCUAUGGUUAUAUUAUGUCGUUGAGAAAACGUAAAAUAUAUUAAUUGUGAUUGUUUUAGAAUUACCUACCGCGCAGAUCUUUUAAAAUUAUUGAUUAAAAUUUUUAUGUUAACUGAGUUGUUAGUGUAUAUGAUAUCAAUAAUUGACUAAUACAUCUCAUCACGUCAUGUUUGUAAGACAGACAAUUAAUAUAAAUGCAUAAGAAAAAAAAUACACUUAAUUUUAUUCUAAAAAAUUGUGUUUUUCAUUGUUACCCAGUUACCGAUCAGAGUUCUGCCUGCAUAGAGACUGGCACUCUUUAAUUCUAAAAAAAACAGUAUAGAACCAUUAAAAUAAUUAAAUAUACAAUUAUUGUUUUAUAUUAAAUUUUAUUUUCUAAUGAAUCAUUGUUAAAAAUGUAUCAUGUUAUUUAGAACUCUAGUACCUACAAAAUAUCAUAUAAGUGCCUAAUAAUAAAU